AUGGAUAAAGAAAUACUAAAAUUGCCGCCAAUUGAAAACAUAAAUUUAAAUUAUGUUCGCAAUCUAAUAGACCAAGGAUUGAUAGCAGAUAUAAAUAUACAAUUAGAAGACAAAAAUUUACCAAUGAUGCAACCAACAUUACUUCAUAUAUCAAUAUAUAAUUCGGACGAAGAAUUAUUUGAUUACUUAAUUGAAAAAAACGCAGACAUAAACAAGAGUUUUGAAACCUUCGGCAGUCCACUGUAUCUAGCUGUGACCAAAUCUUCAAGUAAUUUAAACAUAUUGAGGAAAUUAAUAGAACGUGGUGCUAGGAUAAAUGUGCGUGAGUUUAUGCAUAAUUGGACACCAUUGCACUUGGCAUGUUAUUACGGCAAAUGUGAAGUGGCCGAGCUUUUGAUUAAUUGCGGUGCUGACAUUAAUAUGUCAAAUUUGUAUUUAAUAAAAAAUCCGACAGCUAAUAUUGGCAUUACACCGCUGCAUUUAUCGAUAGAAAGGGAUCAAAUACGGAUGGUUGAAUUACUAUGCCGAAAAAAUGUAGACACAAAUCAGGAGUCAAUUAGUCGAGGAACGCCAUUGGUCUACGCGAUCUUAAAAGGAAAAAUAGACAUUGUUAAAAUUCUUGUUAAGUAUGUAAAAGUUGCACCUAAUUUUGUUACGGAUUUAAUGAAUGCUGGUGCUGAUAUAAAUACUUGUAUUGAUAACAAAACAAUUAUUGAAUAUUGCUUAGAAAAUAAUGCAUCAAAAGAAGUAAUUGAAGUAAUAAAUCAGCAUAUUGUUAAAUUAAGAGCAGCUAAAUUAUAUGUAAAUAAUAAAAUUAUAUUGACAGAUAAUUAUUCGGAAUUAAAUUACAUGUGUCUUGAAGAAUUAGAACUUAUGAAGAAAACACGAAUUGGUACAAAUACUAUAAGUGUUUAUGAUACAUUGGGUUCUUUAAAUGAUUUAUCAUAUAAAAUUACUUAUCAAGAUGGAAGUUUUGUUUUUAAUCCAAAAUUCCUAAUGAUUGGCGAGAAUAUUGUCUGGUCUCCGUUUACUGAGCAACAUAUCAAUAGUAUUGAAAAGGUUCAAUGGAUAUUUAGUGAAUGUUUACGUUAUUUCAUAUGGAUAAAGAAUGCAAACAGCGUCAGCGAUUUAUACCACAAUGAGUCACAGACAAGUGGCUGA